GAAAUAGUCAAGCUUCAUUUUGAUCGAGUCUGGCGGGGAGCGAGCUUGAGCCCAUGGCUGCUCUCUUGUUGCAUAUUAGCCGGCCUUUUGGUACCCUCGCUCCCAGUCUUCAUCCUUUCCUCACUCCUCCUCCAGAUGCCGAGCGUAUUCCACUGUCUCACCUCUCCCCGUCUCAAGCGAAAGAAGCCCAAAAAGAGGAGGAGAAACCCCACCAAAACCCUAACCCUAAACCCUUCUCCCAAGCCGCCACCCCCAAAUCUCGCACCACAAGUAUCCGGUCGCGAAGAGGCCGAGGAACCCCUGGAGGAGGAGGUGGAGGUGGGCUUCAAGCUUAAACCUUCCGUCUCCUCCCGACCUCUCGCCGUCCAACCUCUCGGCAACCUCUUCCUCCUCGAUCCCUGCGCCAACGCCCGGAACUCUGGCCUAGGCGCCCUCCGCGUCCUCUCCGACGAGCUCCUCCUCGACAUCCUCGGCCUCCUCUGCAGCCGCGACCUCGCCGUCCUCUCGGCCGUGAGCCACUCCUUCUACGUCUUCGCCGGCCACGAGCCCCUCUGGAGGAAUCUCGUCGUCGAGGAGCUCAAAGGUGAUUUCUUGUUCGAUGGCUCCUGGAAAUCCACCUAUGUUUCGGGCAUCGCGCCUCGCUCCGCCCCCUCCCAUGCGGCAGCCAUCACCAUUCGGAACUUUUACUCGGAUUAUUUGUUCCAGAGCUGGCUGUGCGCCAAUCUGGAGAUGAAGCCGGAGUGGCUCGAGAGGGACAACAUCGAGAGGAGGCGGGGAAUGUCGGUGGAGGAGUUUGUGGAGUCGUUCGAGGAGCCCAAUAGGCCGGUGCUUCUGGAGGGAUGCCUCGAGAGCUGGCCGGCAAUGGACAAGUGGACAAGGGAGCAUCUUGCGAAGGUCUGUGGAGAUGUGAAGUUUGCAGCGGGGCCAGUGGAGAUGACGCUCGAGCGCUACUUCUGCUAUGCCGAUUCGGCAAGGGAGGAGCGCCCGCUGUACCUUUUCGACCCAAAUUUUGCCAAGAAGGUGCCCGAGAUGGGAUCGGACUAUGAGGUUCCAGUAUACUUCAGGGAGGAUCUCUUUUCAGUUCUUGGAGAGGAGAGACCGGAUUACCGGUGGGUCAUCAUCGGACCGGCAGGGUCUGGUUCGUCGUUCCAUGUGGACCCAAAUUCCACAUCUGCCUGGAAUGCGGUGAUCAAGGGUACGAAGAAAUGGGUGAUGUUUCCACCAGAGAUUGUGCCACCAGGGGUCCACCCGAGUCCAGAUGGGGCUGAGGUUGCAUGUCCAGUCUCCAUCAUGGAGUGGUUUAUGAACUUUUAUGGAGCGUGUAAGAACUGGAAGAGGAGGCCCAUUGAGUGCAUCUGCAGAACUGGGGAGGUGGUCUUCGUGCCCAAUGGGUGGUGGCAUCUGGUGAUCAAUCUUGAGGACUCCGUUGCAAUCACACAGAACUAUGUGAGCAGGAGAAACUUGUUGAAUGUGCUGGAUUUCCUUGAGAGGCCCAAUGCAAGUGAGCUUGUCUCGGGAACCAAAGAUAGGGUGAACCUAUAUGAGAAGUUCAGAAAUGCCAUUAAUGCUGCUUUCCCUGGAACGAUUGAUCAACUACGACAGAAAGCUCGUGAGAAAAUUACCCAGAAGAAAAAGCUUACCUUCUGGGAAUCCGUUACAGAUGCCAAUGCAGGAGGAUUCAAGUUUUCUUUCUAACCCAUUCAAAUUGAACAUUAGCAUGGGUACAAAAUCCCUGGAGGCUGGUACCCUAUUCUGAGCCAAGUUUUCUUUCUGAUGAAGGAUCCAUCCCAUUGACACACCAAAUGGAAUUGUUCUUUUUCUCUGACAACUCAUUUUGUUGAAGUGAUUCAGAGCGUGGUUUACUUGAAGAACUCUUCCUGAUAGUUUUCAAGGGAAAGAACAGCUCUCCCAUAUAUAUUGCAUUUUUCUACUUAUGCUUGCCCAGGUGGCACAUCAAAUUUUUAUUGUUGUAUUUCAUUUUGAUUUGAUUCGAUCUGAACAUGGAAUAUUCUGUAUUCAUAUUUUCUCAGAGAUGUUGGUCAUGGUUGGUUCUCA